AUGAAUGAAAUUGACAAUUCGAACGGAAACGUAACAACAGACAAUCGUGAGCAGGAAAUACCUUUAAAUGAAAAUAAAUCUCCUUUAUUAUCAUCACUAUUAUCAUCUGCAAGACAAGAAAGCUUUUCUAAUGGUCAGCAAAGUAAGAUUUCAUUUAAAAGAAACGAUUUUUGUUUGAUGGAUCCAGCAACAAUUGAACCAAGUUUACAACACGAUGAAAAUAUUGCUUUCAUGACAAAGAAAACAACAGUUCAGCAGCAAAAAAGUGAACCACCAUCUAAUGAAUCUGGUCAAACGACGACGGCUGUUCAUCGAAAUUUUAAUAAUUUGAAUGAUUUACUUCAACGUAAUAAUAAUAACAACAAAUCAUCAAGCACUGGAGAAACAACAACAUCGAAAUCAAUUUUAGAGAAUUGCUUGCUUAAGCCUUCAUCACUUAAAAAUCAACGCCUAGAAUCUCAAAAGCUUUUCCCGAAAAUGGAAGAAAGCGAAUAUCAACAACACCACCAUCACCACCUUUCACAUUCUCAUAACAUUGUCAAUGUCAGUCCAUCAACAUCGGCUUCAAAAAUCUCGCAGCAAUCAUCAGAAGACAGUCGUAAAGUGGAGCCUUUGAAGAUCAGUUUAAAUCGUGAUCACGUUCGAGCUGUCAUUAAAUUUCCUCAAACACAAACAUACGACAGCCUUUCAAAGACAUCCUUACGUCAAUUGCACGUAUCAGAUGAAAAUGAGAAGAAUAUUAAUCAAUCUUCAACAUCACCAACGCAUUCACCUUCGUCGUCUCUCUCGUCCGAAUCUUCGUUCGAUAAUUGUAACAAUGAUAGUACGAGUACUAAUAACAGUAAACGUCAUUCAUCAUCAUCAUCAAUGCAAGUGAUUCCAAAAGUUCACAUUCGAAGUUUUCUUGAUGGAACACUUAAUCAUGAGCAAUCUGAGCUCCAUAUAGUGCCUAAGCUUACCAUUACAGGUUUGAAUUCACCACAAUCUAACAUCAACAAUGAACAGCAACAAAUUUCACAUAAUAAUCAACAGCAAUCAUCAAAUAACGAUCAUUGUACAAUGAUGAAUUCCACAAUAGAAGCAAGUCCAGUCAUUCCUAAAAUAACAAUUAAAAAGGACAACCACACAAGCGAUUACCAUCUAAAUACUGACACCACAAACAUUAUUCCAAAACGACUGACAAAUAAAGCAAACAGUCAAACAAAAGAAAGUGGCGGAAAAUUCACCAUAAAAGCUUUUUCGGAGCCUCAUGUGCCAAAGUUGACUAUCAAAACUACUAACAACUCAGACACUAGUGACAUGAUAAGUGUAAUUGAACAUCAACAACAUUCGAUUUCGAAAAAAACUCAACAAAUGUCACCAACAAAAUUGACGAUAAAGCCAAUUUUAUGUGGAUCUGGUGAGCAGAAAUAUUCGACACCUAAGAUCACCUUAAAAGCUGUCAAUAAUAGUGAAACAACAUAUGAGAAGAUUGUUCCUAAAAUUGUAGUUAAACUUCCAAAAGAUUCAUCAUCUGAAAAUAAGACUGAAGGAGGAAAUGAUUUUGUGUGUAAUGUUGUUUCAUCACCACCAUCACCAUCAUCAGCUCCACCGUCACAAAUACCAACAUUGAAUAUUAAGCCUAUUCUCCCACCACCCUCGAAAGAUGAAAAAGAUGUCAUUGUUGAUGUUCAAUCGCCUUCAGAAGAAAACAAUUUUUCUGUUGUUAAUAAAGUUGUGGAAUCAUCGUCAUCAUCAGAGCCUUUAGAGAUAAACACGACGAGUAGUGUCAUGAUAAAUACAGAUUCUGGUCAAGACUCUCCGAGAAUUAUCUUAAAAAUCAAUAAAGCAAAUAGCGACAAUUCGCUUACAUCAGAAAUAGUUCCUCAUCCAUCGACUGACAUUGUGCAAAGGUCUCAAGUUGCUAAUAAUAAGCGAAAGAAAAACUCGUCAAAUCCUGAAAUGUUCAUGUUCCGUAAUCUAAGGCAGUCACGAAGAAGUAACGAAUCAUCAUCUAAAUCAGUCGAGCAACAAGAAAAACGUCAGAAAAAUGCGGAUAAGAGCCAACCAGUUAAAGCAAUUGAUCCUUUAUCUUUAUCGAAUGAUGCGAUAACAAACUCAAAAUCAGUUGAUGAAUUGGUGACACCAAAACGUGGUCGUGGUCGACCGAAAAAAGUUAUCGUUGAAAAUGUCACAAUUAACAGCACAAUAAAUCCAAUUGAAUCAUCAGAAACUCCUUCAUUGGAGAAAUUAUCACAGGGAUCAUUAGCAGAGAGCAGUGUUGAUGGAAACAAAGAUGAGAAAGAUCUGGAAAAGAAGAAAUCAGGCCGGAGAGGGAGAAAACGGGGUGUACGUGGUAAAAGAAUUGUUGAAAUCAUAAAGAAUGGAAAACCAAUUCAAAUAACACUUGAAGGACAUGAUGAUGAUGACUCACCUUCGUUUUCCUUAUACAAUCGAAGUCUAAAAGAUAAAGUCGGUUCAAAUCGAAAGCAUCGUGGUGGUGGUAAAAGUAGUCGUGCUAAGGGAAAAUUGUCACAUUUUUUGACUCCAGAAAGAUCCAAAAAUGGUCCAUUUAUGACACCAAACAAUGAACAAAAUAAUCGUAGAAAACUAUUCAAUACACCAUCGAAUAUUGAUGAAGAUACACGAAUGAGUAUUGGAGGUGGCGAUUCAUCUCAACAAGCAAGUCUCUUUAAGUCUGCUGAGUUACAAUCAUGUGAAGAGUCACAAAGUUCAAUGAUCAGUAGUGCCAGCAAUACUGUUGAAGGAUCAUCGAAGAAACGUUCUAAAAAGAUGGAAGUUUGUGAACCUGAAGGUCGUACUGAAUUCACAAUCGACUUGUUGGCUGAAUAUGACUGGCCACAAACUGAGCAAGUAAGAAGUCGAGAAACUUUCAUGAUUCAAGAACAAAUUGCUGAAUAUUUGGGUGUGAAGAGUUUCAAAAGAAAAUAUCCUGACUUGAUGCGUCGUCCAGUUGACAUGGAAGAACGAAAUUAUUUGUUCGAAAAUGGUUUUGCAUCAGAGAAGAUGUGCGAUUUAGGACUAACUGCCGUAUUUGCGAAUGAGAUUCUUGACAUAAUGUGCAACGAUUAUCCCGAUAAGUAUGAGGAAUAUAAACGUUAUCAAAGAGAGAAAGCAUUUAAGUUUGCUCGAAUAAGACUCGAGACGGCAGCUGUUGAUCGAAGUCAAAUGAAAAAGGAUAAAGCAAUUUCAUCAGCCUCCGAAUGGAACACAAAAUUCAAUAAAGAUCGACGAAGUAAUCGGCGAUGUUGUAUGGACCUUCAGAAUUUUUUAAUACAAAAACCAACACCGAUUCGUCAUUAUAAAACAAAACCAUCAGUUAAGAAUCAAUCUCAUUAUCCUAUAGCAAUGGUGCCGGGUCAAUUUAGUGAAUAUUAUGAGAAAUAUACUUCGCUUCAAUUAUCAUGCUACCCUCUUAAUACAACUUUAAUUGAUCAAAAUAAAUUGGAAAGUUAUUUAGCAAUUCAUUCAACAUCAUUUGAACCUAGUGAAGAAAGUGACAGUUCGGACAGCGAUGAUGAAGCUGAAGGAGACAACCAAAACAGCAGUAGCACGGAUUCUGACACGUCCAGCAGUACAUGCACGACAGAUGAUGAAUUUGAAGAUCCAAUUUGUUGCAUGUGUUUGACAACACAAUUUGUGAAUUGCUUUCAACAACCUGAGAAGUUUAUCAAAUGUUCAACAUGCAAGAAUCAAGCACAUCCAUCAUGUAUUCAAAUGUCGUCGCGUAUGUAUUUUCGAUCUUUGGCUUAUAAAUGGCAAUGCUCGAAUUGUAAAACAUGCAGCAAAUGUCAAAAAAGAAAGGAUAAUAAAAUGCUUUAUUGCAUUCAAUGUGAUCGAGGCUUUCAUAUUUAUUGUCUAGGACUAAGAAAUAUUCCAGAAGGUCAAUAUCAUUGUGACAAAUGUAACAUUUGUAGUGAGUGUGGAGCGAAAUCACCCGAAGGACAUUUUAAUUCAACAUUAACUCAACAGCAACGUCAAGAAUUAGCAAUGAUUGCCCAAUGGAAUUAUGACGUUGUGAUCAAUCCUUUAACAAACAUCAGUGAACAUCUUUCGAGUUUUUGUUUGCCUUGCUUCAGAAAAUGCAGAACUACAAAUUAACGUCAUUAGGAAGUCAUUUGACUCACGAAUGGAUAUUUACAAAGCUACAAAUAUAGAUAAUAGGAACUGAACAUAUAUUAUAAUACGUUAACUAAUUUUGCUGCAAAAUAGUUAUAAAAAGAAAUGAUGAGCACAAUGAAUUGACGAUUCAUUUCGUUUAAUUUAAUUAUUUAAAAAACCUUCAAAUCUUUUUUCUUUUCAGGAGUUCCAUGUCGGAACAAUUUCUGUUUUUUUGUAACAAUAAGUUGUAUAAAGUUAAUUUGGAUUUGUACAUUUAUUAAUUCUGCUUCUUCAAUGUAAAAAAAGGAUAAAAUUUGAAAAAUAAAAUUUUAAUGAAAAGACAUCUUAUCUAAAACUCAACAUAAAUCAGCUAACAAUAAAAAUUGUAUUAUCAAAUUUUAUAACUUAACACAAAAACCCCACGCAGAAAAAUAGAACAUUUAUGAAAGAUUGUGUCUCAUGGUAUUGAAAUAAAAC